GUGGCGUCCUCUCCGUAAUACAUACCAAACUUCUUCCCAUCAGGCUGGAGUUCAUCAAGGAUCUAAACCUGAAACUGGAGCCCAGAAGCACACAGAGGAGGAAGAACAACAAGACUGGUUCCCAGCCCAUCCAAGGUAGAAGCGAACAACGCUAGAGAUGGUGACUGUGCAAGAUGAGAUGCGCAGGGGGCCAUGGACAGAGCAGGAGGACCUGCAACUGGUAUGCACUGUCCGCCUGUUCGGUGAUCGCCGCUGGGAUUUCGUUGCCAAAGUCUCAGGCCUCAACAGGACAGGCAAGAGCUGCCGCCUCCGGUGGGUCAACUACCUCCACCCUGGCCUCAAGCAUGGGCGCAUGUCGCCACAAGAGGAACACCUCAUUAUUGAACUCCAUGCUCGAUGGGGUAACAGGUGGUCUAGGAUUGCACGAAGACUGCCAGGGCGCACGGAUAAUGAGAUCAAGAACUACUGGAGGACACACAUGAGGAAGAAAGCACAGGAGAGGACGACGGACAUGUCACCUUCUUCUUCAUCGUCGUCGUUCAUCACAUACCAAUCCUGCCUGGUUGAGACUGCGCCAAUCAUCAGGAUGGAUGGAGGGCGCACUCAUAUUGGCAGCACCUGCAUCUCAAGCGUACUUAAGAGCAACCAGAGUGUCAUGGAUGGAUAUUCCAUGGACCAGAUAUGGAAGGAGAUCGAGGCACCUGCCAUUCUGACUCCUAAUGAUAAAAUAUACUGCAAUCUCCCAUGUCCUCUGGUGCCAUCUCCUCCUAUGGGAGAUCGCUAUUGUCCCGAGGUAGUCUGGAAGAUGGAUGAUGAUGAGACCAAGAUGUUAGCCCCACAAUUUGGUUAUGGUAAUGGAGGAGAUCCCUGCUAUUGAAGGCUCAAGCCGUCAGGAUUGAGCUCAGGUUACUAAGAUACAUAUACAUAUAUGCUUAACAGAAUGGUCAGUACCCAUGUAGCUAUGUCUGCAUAUACAUAUAUAUAUGCUUGCAAGAAUUGCCAGUAGCUAUGUUUGCAUUAGUAUGCGGGUGGUCUAAAUAUCCACAUAUGUACUGUUACAAUGUAUAUUUUCAGGUGUGCUCACGAUGUGUGUGCCUAUGUAGCGUGUAAAAUAGAUUGUCACUUGCCAUUAUAGAAUGGAAUAUGAGAGCAGUUUAUAUGAAUAACAAAGCUGUCAGUCUCCA